GAGAGAGAGAGAGGUCGCCCUUACAUGAGCCUACAUUUCACGUUACAUCUUCAUUAGUUAAUCAGUGUGUUAACAUUACCCCGCUGUCUGAUUGGCUGAGAGACACAAUCGUCCCAUCUUAUUGAAACAAACUCGCCCCCCAGUGAAGAGGAGGAGGAGGAGGAGGAAGAGGAGGAGGAGGAGGAGGAGGAGAGGAGGAGGAGGAGGAGCGCAUCGGCUCUCCUCUCUGCUUUAAAGAAUAAAGAGUGUAAUUGACAGAACGCCGGUCCGGACUGCGGAGGGCUGAAGCCUUGUUAUAGAGCGAUGAUGACGGGCAGGUCCGUGAAAGACGUGGACAGAUACCAGGCUGUGCUCAACUCUCUGCUGGCGCUGGAGGACAAUAAAUUCUGCGCUGAUUGCGACUCUAAAGGUCCAAGAUGGGCGUCCUGGAAUUUGGGCAUCUUCGUCUGUAUCCGCUGUGCUGGUAUCCAUCGAAACCUGGGGGUCCACAUCUCCAAGGUCAAGUCUGUCAAUCUGGACCAGUGGACACAGGAGCAGGUCCAGUGUGUUCAGGAGAUGGGGAAUGCCAAAGCCAAACGUCUCUAUGAGGCUUUCUUACCUGAGUGCUUUCAGCGACCCGAGACGGACCAGUCUGCAGAGAUCUUCAUCAGGGACAAGUAUGACAAGAAGAAGUACAUGGAUAAGGUCAUUGACAUCCAGAUGCUUAGGAAAGAAAAGAGCUGUGACAAUAUACCCAAGGAACCAGUUGUGUUUGAGAAGAUGAAAUUGAAAAAAGACGUCAGCCCCAAGACAAAUCCCCCGUCUGUUACAGACCUGCUUGGAUUAGAUGCCCCUGCUCCCAGUGCCGCAGUGUCUAAUGGUGGAGGAUGUGUUCCAGACAGUAAUCAGAGCCCAGCGGUGUCCAAUCCAGCUCUGGCGCACUCUGCACUGGAUCUCUUCAGCUCCCUACCAGCACCCUCCUCUGCUUCCUGCAUUAAAACCACGCCUGUUUCCAGCUCCAUGCCUCAGAGCAGAGUGACUGCUUCGGUGCCUGACAACCUCAGUCUGUUCAUGGGUUCGGCACCCAAAGCAGAGGAGGGCACUGUCAAGAAACUGUCCAAGGACUCGAUUCUCUCUCUGUACGCCUCCACCCCCUCAGUGCUCGCCAGCAGUAUGUCGACCCACGCAGGCUUGUACAUGAACCAAAUGGGAUACCCGUACGGAUCGUACCAUUCUUUAGCCCAGGCAGGUGGAAUGGGAGGUGCCAUGAUGACAUCACAGAUGGCCAUGAUGGGACAGCAACAAAGCGGCAUGAUGGGAGUUCAACAGAACGGCAUGAUGGGACAGCAGGGUGCCAUGGCCCAGCCAAGUGGCGUUAUGGCACCACCCUACAUGACGGGCAUGACCCAGGGCAUGAUGGGACAGCAGCAGAGUGGGAUGAUGGUACAGCAGCAGAAUGGGAUGAUGGGACAACAACAGAGUGGGAUGAUGGGGCAGCAGCAGAAUGGCAUUAUGGGACAACAACAGAGUGGGAUGAUGGGCGCAGCAGCAGAAUGGCAUUAUGGGACAACAACAGAGUGGGAUGAUGGCGCAGCAGCAGGUUGGAGGUUUACCUCAUCAGCAGGGGUACGGAGCGCAAAAUGCCCAGCUACAGUGGAACAUUAGCCAGAUGACUCAACACAUGGCCGGCAUGAAUGUCUACAACACCAACGGCAUGAUGGGAUACAGCAGUCAACAAAUGGGAGGGUCCGCAACU